AUGAGUGUGUUUCUUGAUGCAAGAUCUUGCUUAGCAACUGCAGUCUCCACGGCAAUCAUCUACCUUAUCACCAAGGUCAUCUACAAUGUCUAUUUUCACCCACUAAGUCGGUUCCCUGGUCCAAAGUCUCAUGCGAUUUCCCGUAUUCCGUACUUUCGCCGCGCGAUCAACGGUACUCUUCCCUUUGAUAUGCUUGAUCUACACAAGCGCUACGGAGAUAUCGUCCGCAUUGCGCCAGACGAGCUGGCCUUCUCUCAUCCUGAUGCAUGGAAAGACAUAAUGGGCCACAAGAACGGAGAACCAGAAAUGACAAAAGCCAAUUGGUUCUACCGCCCUCUCGAUGAGCCGUUGCAUAUUGUCAAUGAGGACAAUGAGGAGCAUAAACGAUUGCGCCGACAGAUGGCUCAUGGUUUCUCUGAGAAGAGUAUGCGGGAUCAGGAACCGAUGAUCCGAAAAUACGUUGAUAAAUUACUUCAAAGAUUGCAUGAGAACUGUGAAAAGGGCAGUGUGAUCAUUUCCGAUUGGUAUAAUUUUACAACAUUUGACAUCAUUGGUGACCUCGCCUUUGGAGAGUCUUUCGGCUGCCUUGAGGGCUGCAACUAUGAUGCGUGGAUAAAAGGCAUUUUUGAAGGUGCACACUUAGGCUCGAUAUUGCAGGCUUUGUCGUUUGUUCCAUCACUGAAAAGUCUUCUUUUGUCUUUGGUUCCGAAGUCCAUGCAGGAGGCUCAUCAGAGACAUAAAGUCAUGACGAAGGAGAAAAUGCUUCGUCGAAUUGCUGUCACCGAGGAACGUCCAGACCUGAUUGAAGGACUCUUGAAAAAGAAAGAUGAAUUGAAUCUCGGUGUGGACAAACUCGUUUCAAAUGCCGAGAUCUUGAUCAUCGGAGGUUCAGAAACAACCGCAUCCUUACUGAGUGGUGUCACAUAUCUGUUGCUACAGAACCCCGAGGCUCAUCAAAUCUUGAAAGACGAAGUCCGAUCAGCAUUCCAUAGCGAGGAAGAUAUCACUUUGCUUAGUGUCAAUCAACUUUCCUACAUGCUAGCCUGCCUCGACGAAGCAAUGCGCAUGUAUCCUCCCAUCGCCAAUGGGCUACCCCGUGUUUGUCCAAAGGGAGGAUCUCAGGUUUUGGGAAUAUUUAUCCCAGAGAACACCAAUCUCUCUAUUCAUCAAUGGGCACUAUACCGCCGUGAAGAGUAUUUCAAAGAUCCUAAUUCAUUCCACCCAGAACGUUUCCUUGGGUAUCCAGAGUUCAUUAAUGAUCGACGAGAUGUCUUUCAGCCAUUUCAUAUUGGACCGAGAAAUUGCCUUGGAAGAAACCUUGCUUAUAGUGAAAUGCGGUUGAUCCUUGCUCUUAUCAUUUUCAAUUUUGACAUGAGAAUCGCAGAUGAAAGUUGUGACUGGAUUAAACAAAGGAAUUUCCUUAUGUGGGAGAAAGGCCCUUUGAAGGUCUACUUGACGCCAAGAGCGAGUGAAUCAUAA